GGCCUGUAUUAUUUCCCCACUUAAUCCAGAUUAUGGCUUCCAUGGAAAAUCCGAUAAGGAAAGAAAAUAUAUGCAGAAACAGUGAAUCUUUAUUAAAAGAGGAGAAAAUGGGGAUCCCCCAUGGUGGGGGAGAACAUAGGAUGGUAUUUUUGAUGAUGACACUUUGCUUUGCAGAAUUUCUAAUGGUAUGUUUUGUUAAACACAUAAUACAGGUGAAUGGUUAAUCUUCCUCAGUAUUGUCCACAUUGACUUUCAGCAACACUCUGGGGUUUCAGGCAGGGUUCAUUCUCAGCACCACCUGGAGAUGCUAAUGGUGAACCUGGGAUCUCCUGGAUGCAAGGCAGAUGCUUUGCUACUGAGUUAUGGCCCUUUCCUUUAAUUCUUAAACUCUAUAAUCAGGACAAAUAUUUGUAGAAAUGAACCAAACCAGUGGGUUGUUACCAAUGCUGGUGAUACUCCAAAUAGAUCCAUUGGAACGAACGGAUGUGGCAUUGAUUUCAGUGGGUCUGCUCUGAGUAAAACUCAGUUGGAUGAAAUCCCAGUAUUGGGGAGAGUGCAAUGACUUCCAUUGCUCUGCCUAUUUCCAUCAUGUGUAAACCCCAUCACACUUUCCUUCCUUCCCUGGAAAAACAGCUUUGGGAAAGAGGGAAGUUUCAGCAGGGAAUUUAUGAAGAGGUGUGCUUAACCCUUGUCCCAUCUGACACUGGGCCCUAUCCAGCUAUGCUCUACACAAGGUAGAUAGACCCACUGAAAUUAAUGGACCUCUGUUUGUCAUGGCCAUGACUUUCAAUGGAUCUUCUUUGAGUGGGACUCUCAUUGGAUACAAGAGAUUAUUCUCUUCCACUUGAGUGGACUUGCUUUCUGUUUGCUGAAGCCUUUGGAGUGGCCACUGAUUGGCCUGACUCAGGAGGACUCUCCUUAUGUUGUUAUUUGAUGUCUUCGUGGUGCAAAAACAUGCAUGAAUCUGGGCACCAAUUAUGGAUCCUCUGUUUUUUUGCAGGGGAUCCCUUCAAACUGAAGUGUAACUAUCACAGAGACCCUGAGUCUCAUGACACCACAUAAAUCGUGGUCCACAUCGAGGCAGUGCUAAAAAGUGGCAAGUGGCAGUGCUAAAAAGUACCAGUCUGGGACUAUUUAGAGUUCAGUCGUUGGAUACAGAUCUGAUCUGUGCUUUGAUGGUAGCUGGUUGUUCUCUGUAAAAUUUGUGGCGAAUUCAAAGGGUAAUCCCAUUAUUAUUUCUUGGAUCCAACUUUCUUUUUCCUCCUGUGAUGAGGCUGCAUUUUAGUAUUUUAAUGUUUCAAUAUUUUAAUGUUGUAUUUUAAUCUUAUUUUUAAGUUGUAUUCAUUCAACUUGUUUUUAUUAUUGCUUGUUAGCUGCCCUGAGCCCAGCCUUGGCUGGGGAGGGGGGUAUAAAUAAAAAUUAUUAUUAUUAUUACAUUGCAAUGAGGUUGGACUAGAUGACCCUUGGGUGUCCCUCCCAACUCUACAAUUCUAUGUGGCCAUUUGUUUAGCUUGCCUUCGUUUAUUUUAUUGUGCUCUGCUUUUAUUACGUAUUUUAUUACGCUAUCGCGUUUCUACUGUUAGCCGCCUCGCGCCCGUUUGUGGAAAGGCGGGAAAUACAUUUAAACAAAACAAAACAAAACAAAACAAAACAAAACAAAACAAAACACAACACAGCUGGGGAAAAACCUUACAACGUCUCCCACGGUUUGCCUAGCUACCUUUCCAUUCCAACCUCAAACAAAAAAGUCUGUUGCCCGGAAAUCCAAAUGAUGGGUUCCUGUAAUUUCCGGUGCUCCUUCUUAUAUCUGCGAGGCAACCAUAUGACGUCACGACGUUCCGAAACACGAAGUCGCUCUACUUAUUCCUGUCUCUAUCGUCGUUUCCCGGCUCGCGAAAGGAUGCGCAUGCGCGCUAGCGGUCGCUUUGGAGACGCGGGCCGCCGCCGAGGCGAGGUGUGGGGAUGGCGAACCGCCGCUUGAACCCGGCCAGCCUCCUCCGGCGGCAGAGGAGCCGGCGCCGGCGCCGAAAAGCGGCUCUGCAGUCUCCGCCUGCUCCGCCGGAGAAGAAGGCCCGCGGAGGGCCCGACGUCCUGCAGCGCUCUGCACGCGAGUUCGCCCGCGGCCUCCUCUCCGCGCGGCCAUCGCAACCGCCGCCAACGGACGAAGAAGCCUCGGAUGAGGGAGAGAUGCUGACGGCCGUCGAGGCCAAGGAAGGCAGAGCCUUUCUGCUUCUGCCUCAGGGGCAGGUGAGCGCGGAGAGGGCGUGGCUAUGCAAAUACAGGACGCGCGCGGGUCGUCGUCCCUCCGCCGUUGGAGGCGUUACCAAAUAAGGGAAGGGCGUGGCUUGGGAGUAGAAGGGGCGUGCUUAUGCAAAUACUGCCCGUCGACUCCAGUUUAUGGGGUUGGUCUAGCUGUUUGAGGGGCUGCCGCUCAGGGAAAGGGCGUGGCCAGGAAACACAAAAGCCGUGCUUAUGCAAAUACAGAGAAUGGACUCCAACUCAAUGGGUUCGCCAUUGGGUGGAAUAGCUGUACUGUAUAGGCUUGCAACUUACACAGAGUUUGUGCCUAAAGUCCAAAUCACCUCUGAUCGAAAUUCAUUUGGUUCCAUGGUGGGUGGGAUUGCCAAAGUCAUUUGUCCUGGAGAACCCUGCCCCCUUUUCCCCCCUUCUAAUCUGUUUAAUAAAAAAAUUCUGAAUGUGCACAUGUUAAAUGUGCAUAAGUUGCGGGCUUACUGUACAAGGAAGAAUGUGCCUUUGUGUGGGGGGGUGACUAGGUAGCAGAAGGGGCAGGGGGAAGUGGGCAGGUAGAUAUGGAAGGGCUGUAGUGGUAGAGUAUCUGUCUUGCCUGCAGAAGGGCUCCUAUCUCAAGCCUUGAAAAGUCAUUGUGUAGAAUAGAUAAUUUGGAGCUAGAUGGACCAAUGGACUGAGUCAUUAUAAGUCAGCUUCAUAUUUCAGUCAGGCCUAUAUUCAGAACCAUGCGGAAUACUGUAGAAUCUAACUCUGAUUUUAGCAGAAGGAUUGUAGCUUAAUGGUAGAUUAUCUGCUUUUUGUGCAGAAGGUCCUCGCUUCAGUGCCAGGUGGCAUCUCCAGAUAGGGCUGAGCGAGACUCCUUGUCAGAAACCUUUCAGAGCUUUUUCAUUGCAGACAGUAAUAAUCUAGCUGGACCAAUGGUCUGACUUGGUAUAAGGCAGUUUCUAAUGUUCCUAGAACAUCCUCUGUGGCCCUUCAGCUGGCCAAUGAUGGAAGUCCAACUGUACUUGGAGGACCGGUAUCCAGCAAAUGAUUAUGAUAUAAUUCACCCUGAGACCCCAGAGUGGGUUACACCAUUAAAAUGUAAUAUUAAAAACAGUCUAGGACAACUUCUCUGGGUAAUUUUAAAAGGGGCAGCCCCCAUUUACAUAUUAGUUUGCUUAUUUACAGUAGUUAUUUUCUACCUGUCAGGCGCUGACAUUCACUGGCAAGUGUUCCCUGACGUGCCUGUAUGGCUCUGUACGGGUGUUUGGGUUCAACAUCGUUCCAGAUCAGCCCCCAUAUCACCUCUUCUCCCCCUACUCCCACUGUGCUCUCACCAUUGAAGCAGUGGCUUAUAAGGAGCCAGAAACAUCUGGGAAGGAAAUGAAAGCAGAGGCAAAGUCCAUUCUCCGAGCACACCUUGUGCCCCGAGGUAAGUUGGAAUGGAGGGUGGGCCCUGAACUUGUUGUUCCUGUGAGAGGGUGAUCUUGGAUGUUUGAAGAAGAAUAUGAUGUGCUUUGUGCUCACACAGAGCUCUGCCUCUCAGGGAUCAGAUUGUUAAAAAAGGCUUUUGUGGACAGGCUGUCUGGUGUGUGUUUAUGCACAUCCCUUGAAAUUCUUUUGGAGUUUCUGUGUGCAGAAUGGAUAUCUUUGAUGGUCAUGAUUUUGACCUGUGGCCCUUUGCCACAGACCGGUCAUUUUGCUGUUCUUUGUUGUAGUCUGGUUAGGGGAAAAGCUUGGAUACAAAUAAAUAAAAUAAUAAAAAUUCACAUCCAGCAGCUCUCCCUUUCAGCCUAACGCUGUUCACAGGGUGGUUUUGUUUGUUUCCUGAAAUAUUUUAUAUUGCUUUUUCACAAGCUGUGUUUAGUAUUUUACACUAAAAGAAAUGCAUCAUGUACACAAAAACCAGCUGUUUAUAAAUCAUGAUAAAUACACAUUUAAGACAAAGCAGCCACAGAAAAUUUAAGUCCUCAUUGAAAUCAUGCAGAAUUUGCAGACUUCUCAAAAACAAAACAGAACACAAAAAAACAGCUGUGUUUGUGCUUCCCUAACUUCUUCUAGAAGAAGGUUCCAGAGCUUGGGGCCUGUUGCCAAUAAAAGCCAAACCCAGGCUGCUAAUGUCCGAACCUGUUGAAUAGUAGGAAUAGAGAACAAGAUUGAGUAAGCCACAGUUGGGUAGCUGCCUUAUUGUGAGAAUAGCUCUUUGUGUGUAUGCUUUGUUUCCCUGUGCUCUGUAGAAAAAGCUCGUGCAAAUGUGAAGACUUCCAAGACUGAGGCAGGCCUCACUGGAAGCCCUUCAGAACCACUGCAAUUAUUAUGGUUUUCUGUCCUUAUCACAAUGGCCUUGAAGCAUUAUGAGGGCCAAGCAGGAGGCUUACUGUCUCAUUUGUGGUUUCAUCCUUUGUCUUUCCAGAUGCAAGAUGCAAACUGAUGAAAGACUUCAUUCCUCAGUGUUCCAUGAUUUUGUUGGAGCGUCUGGAUACUCCAGCGACUAGGUUCAUUCACAGCUACUCAAAUUUCUCCCACAUAUUCAAAGCAAAGGUGAGUUCCUUCUGUCCUCUGAGUUUUCGCAGAACUGAUUCAGGAUGGCCAGGAUACACUGCAGGACCUGGCUUCAUGUGUUCAGUCCCCAUAAGCAGGGCCUCUACUUAAUCCUUUUGAAUUUGAGUAGAACCCUCUGUGUGAUGGGAGACCCUGAUAAAGCAAGAUUAUACAAGGGAAGGUCAAGGACUUGGUGAGGGUGUGAUGCAUGCGAGAACAUGCCCUUCUUUACAGUUUGAGCAUUCACACCUGAAGUCUGAAGAUACCCGCUAAUGAAAAAUGCUCACUAUGUGGCCUGUAUCAAAUUUCUGUUUGGGUUAAUUACAUUGGUCCUGGGACUUGGAUAUCCUUUUAGGCCUCUUGUGGGGAUGAAGCUACUCUGCUGGGCAAUCAAGGCUUCCUUUGUGUUAACAUUUCCUGGAUUUGGGGCCUUUUAAUUUAUCCUACACUUAGGCCUGAACUCCAAUGGAUAUAUCUGCUUUUUGGGUGUUUGUCAGUUAGCCAAAUACUUGCUAGCUAAGGCCAAUUUGCAGUGAACAUUAAGAGCCCUGCUGGAUUCAUCCAAAAGUCCAUCUGAUCCAGCAUCCUGCUCUCCACAGGAGCCUCUCAGAUGCUUCUGUGAAGCCCACAAACUAGUUACGAAGCCAAAUGCCCAUUGAACCUGCUAUUCCCUAGCUGUUAGUAUUCAGAGGGAUGUUGUCUCUGAAGUUGGGGGUUCUUAAUACCUGCUAAUAGACAUACAGUCUAGCCUGCCCCCCCCUUUUUAAUGGCUAAAACCACCUUCAGACAAAUGCCUUCUCAUUCCUAGAGACAGAAGGCUCCCAGUUUCACUCCAGAGGAUACAGUGCUCGCUUCUGUUGGUGCUGGGAAGCAAGACCCCAGGAGUGGCCUGCUGAUGUCGGAAAGCACAUUGUCAGCAGUUGAAGAGUUAGUCCAAGCGUGCCAAGGUGAGUAGCUUAAAGCUAACGUGAGCAAGGGUGAAGUGCAGCUGUAACCUAAAUGGAGCAGUGCUUGUAUCUGAAGACUUGUUAAAUAAAAAUGAAGCCAAUGGGGCCGUCCUUUGUCCACAGAGAAAGAACUGGGCCAAGCUGUAUUCUCUGAUUCUAAGCUUGGAGGGAGCAUCUGUUUCUGCUUGGUCUUUUUUUAUUGAAAAAAGAUGUUGGUCAUGUUAACCUCCUGUGAGAUUUCAUGUAGCUGUGCCAGUUGUGUGUGUAAGUUCUUAUUUUCGAAUAAUCAUUUCAGAUUGUAACUUUACUGGGGCAAUUAUGUUCAGAUACUGUGUUUGUGUUUCAGAUGAGGAUGAAGGCUGCCCUAUAGUCUUGGUUUGUGGCCCCAAAAGUGUUGGCAAGUCAACUUUUAACAGAUACCUGAUUAAUAUUUUGCUCAACAGGUGAGUUCUCUGGUGAAGGCUGCUGUGGCUGUUUGCAAUGAGAGAGCUUCUUUCUCCCAACUCGUUUCCUAUUUUCCUUGGGUCAGGGGUGGCGGGUGCUGUUUUAUCUCCUCCCCACCGUGGGCUGUCAGCUCUCUGAUCCUUGUCUGGCUAGCCUGCCUUUGUUCCUUUUGCCAAAGCAGUCUCUAGGCUUCCAGUUUUGAAGGCCUAGCACUUAUAAGCAUGUAUCUCUUAGAUUUUGCAAUGCUGCUUAAUACCAGCUUCUGGACACCACAGGAGGGGAGAAUACCCUCCCUUGGUCCUGCAUUCUGGUUUGCCACAGGCAUCUGGCUGGCCACAGUGAGAGAAGGAUGCAGGAUUAGAUGGGCCAUUCUGAUCCAGCUCAGCUCUUCUGAUGUUCUUAUAACCAUCCUGGUUGCUGACAAGAGCAGGUGGGUGGGGGGCUGCUGAUCAGAAUAUUCAAAUUUUUGCUUUAGCUUCAGGCUGGGUUUUCCAGUGAUGGCAGUCAAAGGCAUUCUGUUAACAUUUAUAUCAUUUUCCUCUUCUUAAUUGUAGCCUUCCCUGCAUUGAAUUCUUGGACUGUGAUCUGGGGCAACCAGAGUUCACGCCUCCUGGGUGCGUUUCCCUAAUUAACGUAACAGAGCCGCUUCUGGGUAUGUGCUUUGGAGGCAUUUUCAGAGUGUUGUGAAAUGUCUGGACGCCUCUUCUGAGUGGCUUUAUUUGUUUUAUUUAUUUAACAAUAAAUGACAGUAAGAAAACCUCUAAGCGGCUUACAGAACUAUAAAACAAAAUAUUAAGGUUAUCAUUGAAGACAAGUAUUGUAAAUUAUAUCAGUGAUGAUUAAAAUCAACAGUAGCUAAAAGUAAAUAAAAUGCAUGUCAACCUACUAUGUACCUGAGUAGGCUGGCCUAAACAAAAAAUUUUUUAGCAGGCGCCAAAAAGAGUGCAGUGAAGGUGCCUGCCUGAUGUCAAUAGGCAGGGGGUUCCAGAGUGUAGGUGCUGCCAGAAGAUUAGUUUCUUACAAGUGCAGAAUUAGCAUUAUUUGGCACUUGUAACAGUGCCAGAUCUGCAGAUUGAAGUGGCCAACUGGGCAUAUAUGUGGGAUAAACUGAUGCUGCAAGUAAACUGGUCACAAUCUUCAGGACUUUGUAAUAAUAAUAAUAAUUCCUUGAAUUUGGCGCUGGAGCAGAUUGUCAACCAAGGCAGAUCUCUGAUUUGUUACAUGCUGUUUUAUGCUGACAGGGUCUCACUCCCAUCAGAAACCAUGCUGCAGCAUUCUGUGCUAACAGCAGUUUUUGCAUCAAGCACAAGGGAAGCCCCACACAGAAUUUACUUUCUGGUGUGAGUGGAGCUCUUCUUGGAGCACCAGCCUUUCCAAAGGGAUCAAAACCAAACUGGAGCAAUGACCUGCUUUCCCGUUAGAGGUUGAGUCUAGGGAGAAAGGUUAAUUGCUUUCUGCACCCCCACCACCCCGUUGGGUGGAUAAAGUGCUGUUGCAGCUCUUUUGAAUAUGUGCAGUUCUGUCAAUUUCUUCUCCCCUUUUAGGUCCACCGUUCACUCACCAGCAUACACCGCGAAAAAUGGUUUACUUUGGGGCAACCAGUUGUGAGCAGGACACUGAAAGAUACAUUGACACGCUGAAAUACGUGUUCAAUGCCUACGAGAGAGAUGUUCCUCUGGUCAUCAACACCAUGGGAUGGGUGAAAGGUAAGGCUGUGGGGAGCUUGUGACUUUUUCUGCCAUGGGGUCAACUGGGUGCAAGUUUGAGAUCCUAUGUUGGCCCAAGGCGAGGAAGGUGGGGAUGUGGGGUCUGUCACUGAGGCCCAUCUCUCAAACUCUUUCUUACCUGGCCUUCUCAGUUGACAUAUCUCUUGCUUAUUCUGCUUCUAGAACCCUAAGCUGUGCAGGGUAGCCAAUGUUAUUGCUAUUCAGAGUAGACCCAUUGAAAUUAGCAGACAUGGCUAACUUUGACCCAUUAAUUUCAAUGCGUCUACUCUGCAUAGAACCCUUGACUCUGUGUGCCUCCCAAACCCCCAGCUUCUGGCUCUGGGGACUUCACCAGAUUUGGAACAUGGCUGCAGAUGCAGCACUGGCAACCCAGUAAGGCUAGAACCAUGCUUGAAGGGAAGCUGGCAUCUGCCCUUCCGUAAAGAUCUCAGCAAAGUGCACAGCGGGGGGUGGGGAAGCAAAGUCUUCAGUUGCUUUAAUACAAUAUCGCUUCUCUUCUGGAAUCUAUGCUCAGUUUGGUAUUUCUGUUUUUGUUUGCAAAGUCAGCAUUUUCUGUGCUUGUUUGGAAUUGCAGCACUGAAACUGACUGGCAGAGAGGGAAUAUGAGGUUGGCCCUGGCCAUGUAUAUUCAUGUAAUUCUGGUACUAAGCUUCAGAUUUCAUUAGAACGUCAGAUAUGUUUCAAAGGUGAGGAAUGGCAGGUGGAAGACACAAGGUACUGAAAGUUAGGAAGAAGGAGCUAUGCAGGGAAGUCAUGCCUUGAGCUAUGAGAGUGCAGGAUGUGUGUGCAUUCCUUUAAGAAGGACCCAAGUUUCUCUCUUUUAAUGGCCAUAAAAAUUGUGACCAUGGAGGCAAAGCCUGCUGGAAUUGCAGAAGUGUUUGAAUCAGGUGGACUUGGGUGCCCUGCAAAACCUUUUUCUCUUUCUCCCUCUGGCUCAGCAGCUACAGAGGCCUGAAAUGAUGUGCUCUCGCUUGAUGCAGCAGCUUCACUUUGCACCCUAUAACAUGUGUUCCAUCCUUUUCGUUGAAUUCCCACAUUCCUGCACUGUUCAGACAUGCUCUUGUUUUGUCUCCUGGUUCAAAGGUGCCGGAUUGCUCCUUUUGAUUGACGUAAUUCGGCUGCUGGCGCCUAGUCACAUCGUUCAGAUCAGUGCAGAAGACUUCAGGGACAUGCCUCAGCUAUCCCCAGAGUAUAUCCAUUGCACUGCUGGCCUGCACACAAGAGGCAAAGCACUCCUCCGGCGCAAGAGCCUGAAUGGGAUGGAGGACUCAGGGCAGCAGGGCUUGGCCCAAGCAGGCUUCCACCCUCCACAUCCUGGACAUCAAUUGCUGUGUGUCCAGCCAGAGUUCCCAGGAGCAGGGAACGCUGGCACUGGGUAAGUGCCACGCAAUGCCAUGUGGGCACUGGGUGGGUGGGGUGGAGAGCAGGACAGGGUAAAGUGAUACCUUAAGGCCUUUCCAUGACUAGCUAGCCUCACUUUGCUGGCGCCUCUGCUUGCCUUUGGGAGUCCUUGACCCACUCUCUUUGCAUCCCUUCCUGUCUGUCUUGUAAUGUAUAUUACAAGCAGGUCACUAGCAAACUGUUGCCUAAUAGUGUACUUGCGAUAACAGCAAAAGAGUAUUGUGGCAUUUUAAGUACUGUUUGUGUGUGAGAGAGACACUAGCGGGAGGGGGGCUCUGCGUCCCUUCUUGCUCCGCUUGUCAACCCCCACCAUAUUAACUUCCUGGAGCUUCCCCUUCCUAUCCCAUGCACCUACUAAACCCACUUUUCACCUUCCCAACCCCAUUUCUGUGGCCACUUCUCUUUUCUAUUCUGCAGCCCUCCUUUGUGCUGUUGCUCUCACCUUCAGUCCCAUGUCCCUCUCCUCCUUCCCCCUCAUAAAGCUGGCCAGAGAGUGUGCUUCCCAACCAGUCUCUGAUCUAGUUCUCAUUUUGCUCCUCUAGACGCACCCACAGCAGUGUCCUACGAGACAUGGCAAUCUUGGCGUACUUGGGCCAGUUGCAGCCCCCAGACGUGGAAUCUGUGUUUCCUUUACACAGCCUGAUACCCUAUCAGGUAAAUGUGCCUACGCAGCAGAGGUUUGUGUUAGUAUUGUCGUUACAGAGGCUUUGUGUAAGCAGCCAAGAUGCAGUUACCACUGGGGAAUUGUUACCCUAAAGACUUUCCGAGGAUUCUCUCUGUCCUGCUCUUUCAGCCCAGGCUGCUUUCAGUCCAUCCAGCCUGGCAUUGUUUUCUCUGGCAGGCAGCAGCUCUCCAAGUUCUCAAGCGGAAGUUUUUCCCCAGCCUGGCUUCCUGACACCCUUUUGAACUUUGAAGAUGUGAAGUAUCUUGCAUAUGCAGAGUAUAUACUUUGUCGCAGAGCUCUGCCCCCUCCUCCCUCAAGUAUCCCCAGUAGCUUGUCCCCAGGAUUUGGCAUCCAGAGGUAUUCUUCUGUAAAAAUAACAGGAAUUUCAUUUCUGGCUGGUGAUGCCAAGCAGUCAUUAGCAGAUGUAGCCCACAUGAAUUUGUAUAACUGAAAUAAAGCAAAUUGCUGGUUGAGUUUACGCUCUUGCUUUUUGUUUCCCAGGUACCUUUCAAUGCCGUCGCCCUCAGAGUCAUACACACAGAUGUUGCUCCUGCCCACAUCUUGUAUUCUGUCAAUGCCAGCUGGGUUGGCCUCUGCCAAGUGCCAGAUCAGGUGCCGUGUAACGCAGACGGGCCGGUCUUGUUGAUGCACACCCCCAUCUGCAACUGCCUGGGCUUUGGUACGUGCUUGCAUUUGUAGCACCCCUCUCUUCCUGUUUUUUGAAUCCUUAGUAUUUUCUAAAAUGAAAUCAGUCCAUUAUAGUGGGAGUGCUUACCCUUUCCACUGGGAACUGUUCAGAAUCAAAAGGGGCAGCAAUCCACAGACUUCGGCUGACCUUGGUAGAUAGCCAAAAUGUAUUCUUCCCACCCAGCUUGCCCUUCCCCUUGAGAAGGAGGACCUUGUCUAGCCAGGGCAGGUGAUGCAGGACUACACAGACAAGUCCCCCUCCCUUUUGCUUGUAAGAAGCAGCGUCCCCUCUUGCUAAGCUCUGUGGGUUAGCUACCACUAUCUGGCUCAUGUGCUCUGCCCCCAAAGUGCUCCAAAUAUUUAUUCCAGUGAAAUUAUAUAUUGACCUUUCUGAGGGCAAUUUGCACUAUUUGGAUUAAAAAAUAUAUAUAUUACAGUAUGUAAUUAAAAUAAACACCAGUUAAAAAAAAGAAAAGAAAAACCAAAGCAGCAGCAGAUAAAUAUGAACUAAAAUAUUGUGAUUAAAAACCAAGUGAUGAUUUCUCUUUAGCCCAGAAGUAGGUGUCUAGAUAUUUGCAGAAUGUUGCUAAAAUGUCCAGAGGUAACCUUAGUUGUGCCAGCCUGCUAAGUUGUUCUGGAAUACUCAAGGCUUGUUCUUCAUAUGCCCCUUUCUACAGGAAUCGUCCGAGGGGUGGACACAGACAAGAAGCUGUACCACAUUCUGACACCAGUAGCGCCACAGAACUUGCGAUUUGUGAAUUGCUUACUGAUUGGAAGUAUCCCUAUUCCUAAUUGCAUCUUCCUGAACCAAGUAAGGACUCUUCCUUCUAUUUAUCCUGAACCCACUGCCAGUCAGAGCUAUCGGAGAAUCUGAAUUUUAAUAUUCAGAGGGAGAAAGCAAUUUCUCACCCUGUCCCCAUUUCUUUCCACGAUUCACAAAUACUUACUGGGUAAUGCUCACUCUGCUCCUAGUGUCCUAUUGGCCUUAAAACUUUAGUCUGAUAGAUAUGUUUGUUGUUUUGUUUUUUAAACCUAAUGAGUCUUUUGCUGGCAUUUGCCGUGUGUGUGUGUGUGUGUGUGUGUGACAGACACAAGGUGUCCUAUAACACUGUCUUUUCUUUGUCAGGUGGGGAUUGAAGGGGAGAUACCCUAUGUCACGUCGGAGUAUAACUAUGACAUUUCAGGUGCUGGGAAAUUGAAAUUGAAAAAGCAUCUUAAGAGGAGAGAACAUACGCAGCCAUGAGCUCCAAUCUAAAUCCUCUUCUGCAGGAACUGAUCAGCUCAGGAGACAUGGCAUGUUCUCAGGGGACUUUCCACAGGAGACCAGUUACAAUUUUCACAGCUGAGAGUGUCAUGCUGAUCCACUGUCAUGUUUUAUUCAUUUGUGUGUUUUCUUUGCAUCCUAAAAAAUUAAACUUUUGAUAUAAACUGCC